CUUCAUACUUGAUACUUCAUAGGUUUUGCGGAUUUGCUCAGCCUAAACCCUCUAACUCAUAAUCUGCCUUCGGCCUCUUCCCAGCCUCCCUUCGCCGGUGACAGAGAGUGGGACACCCUUCAACCUUCCACCCUUCUCAGCUCCAGCCUUCAUCGCAGCUUCGCUGCUCCGUGUGCCUUCUCUCACUCUCACUCGAGGGAGCCAACAAUAACCCACCUUGUAGCUCUUUUCUGCUUCCCUUUGCUCCCUUUCGCACCUUUUUUACCACAGCAUUACCAUUUACUUUAAAUCCCAUUAACAAAACACACAUAACCCUAGUGGUACUGAUGACGAGGGUCUACGGAACCGGCAUAUAUGAUUUCCGGCGGCACAGGGUGGCAGAGUACCCUGUGGAAUCGAAGGCAGUGGACUCGAACCAGAAGCCCGGAGGCGGUGGCGUGCCAAGCACAAUUACGCUGUCAGAGAUCCAGCGCGACAGGCUCACGAAGAUUGCGGAGGCGAGUUGGUUGAAGACGGGCGAACCCAAGAAAAAGCCCUUCGAUCCUGAGCUGGUUCGCAAUAUAUACGAGACGGAGCUGUUGGUGGGAGAUGGGCACAAGCCCGUUCCUCUGCAGAGGGUAAUGAUUCUCGAGGUUAGCCAGUACCUCGAGAACUACCUCUGGCCUAAUUUCGACCCUCAAAACACCUCCUUUGAGCACGUCAUGUCCAUCAUCCUCAUGGUCAACGAAAAGUUCCGAGAAAACGUGGCGGCUUGGGUUUGUUUCUAUGAAAGGAAGGAUGUUUUCGAAGGCUUUCUUGAGAGGGUUCUUCACCUAAAGGAGGGAAGAGAUCUUUGUAUAGCAGAGAAGACAAAUUACUUGGUUUUCAUGAUAAAUGCCUUUCAGAGUUUAGAAGAUGAGGUUGUUAGCAAGAUAGUCUUGAGACUAGCAAGUUUGAAAUCCUGGUACAGUUUGUCUUAUGGUCGGUUUCAGAUGGAGCUUUGUCUUAAUCCGGGUUUGAUCAAGAAAUGGAAAAGGAUGAUAAGGAGGGAACCUGUGAAGGGAGAUCCAUCAACUACAGUUGAAGUGAUGUUCUUGAGAAACCUAAUAGAAGAAUUUCUGGAGAUACUGGAUUCACAGGUCUUUUCCCAGAGACAUUUAUCUGGUGAAGAUGAGCUUAUUGAUGAUGGUGGUUUGGGGCUUGGUAAUGAUGCUUGUGUACUGUAUUGUGAGAGGUUUAUGGAAUUUCUUAUUGACCUCUUGAGUCAAUUGCCUACACGGAGGUACCUGAGGCCGCUUGUGGCUGAUGUAGCCGUAGUUGCCAAAUGCCAUUUGAGUGCACUCUAUAGGCAUGAGAAGGGGAAACUUUUUGCACAGUUAGUCGAUUUAUUACAAUUCUAUGAAGGGUUUGAAAUCAAUGAUCACACUGGCACACAGUUAACAGAUCAUGAAGUUCUUGAAUCUCAUUAUAGUUGUAUGCAAUCAUUCCAGUUACUCGCAUUUAAAAAGAUUGACAAGCUGUGGGAGCUUGCUUUGAGUAACAUCGGUUCAAUCCACAAGCGUGCAGAUCUAUCCAAGAAAUUGUCUGUCCUUCUUCCUGAGGAAUUAAGGGAUUUGGUUUGCUGUAAGCUCAAACUGGUUUCUAAGGAAGAUCCCUGGUCAGAGCGGGUUGAUUUUCUUAUAGAAGUAAUGGUGUCCUUUUUUGAGAAGCAACAAUCUCAAAAGGAAGCCAUCAAUGCUCUUCCUCUAUACCCAAAUGAGCAGAUUAUGUGGGAUGAAAGUGUUGUACCAAGCAUAAAUUAUUCUGGAGAAGGUUGUUUGGCAUUGCCAAAACUUAACUUACAGUUCUUAACACUUCAUGAUUAUCUUCUUCGAAAUUUUAAUCUCUUCCGACUUGAAUCAACAUAUGAGAUACGUGAGGAUAUUCAGGAAGCCAUUCCACACCUUCUUGCAUAUAUUAACAGUGAAGGAGAAACUGCUUUUCGUGGUUGGUCAAGAAUGGGGGUGCCAAUUAAGGAAUUCAAGAUAAUUGAAGUGAAACAACCAAACAUAGGUGAGGUCAAGCCUUCAUCUGUGACAGCGGAAGUUACUUAUAGCAUUUCAAGCUACAGAGCACAGGUUAGAUCAGAAUGGGAUUCAUUGAAAGAACAUGACGUAUUGUUUUUACUAUGUAUUCGCCCCUCGUUUGAACCGCUUAGUACGGAAGAAGAAGCCAAAGCUAGUGUGCCACAAAAACUUGGUCUACAAUAUGUUCGAGGAUGUGAAAUUAUCGAGAUUCGUGAUGAAGAAGGAACCCUUAUGAAUGAUUUUUCUGGAAGGAUUAAAAGGGAUGAAUGGAAGCCACCAAAGGGGGAUCUCAGAACAGUUACUGUGGCUUUGGAUACUGCUCAAUACCACAUGGAUGUCAGUAAUAUUGCAGAGAAAGGGGCAGAAGAUGUUUAUGGUACAUUUAAUGUGUUAAUGAGAAGAAAGCCAAAAGAAAACAAUUUUAAAGCCAUCUUAGAAUCAAUAAGGGAUUUAAUGAAUGAAUACUGCAUUGUUCCUAAGUGGUUGGAGAAUAUAUUUCUUGGUUACGGUGAUCCUUCGGCUGCACAGUGGACUAAGAUGCCUGAUCUGCUGGAAACAGUAGAUUUCAAAGAUACUUUUUUAGAUGCUGAUCACUUGAAGGAAUGUUUUGUGGAUUAUGAGGUUUCAUUCACUAAUCCCAAUGGGACAGAAUGCACGAAUCCAAGGCCUCCUUUUAAGAUCAUGAUUCCCCGAACACUCAAAGCAACUGCCAGUUCUCUUCACAGGAGUGCAACAUCUGUUGGUGGACCAAACAGUAUCAAUGUGGAUGAUGAUAAUCAUCUGAAAGAAACACUUAUUGUUGAGACUUAUACACCCCCGGACCCUGGUCCUUAUCCUCAAGAUCAGCCAAAACAGAAUUCAGUUAGAUUUACACCCACACAGGUUGAAGCAAUUAUCUCUGGCAUUCAACCUGGCCUGACUAUGGUUGUAGGGCCGCCUGGUACAGGAAAAACUGAUACAGCUGUGCAAAUUCUGAAUGUUUUAUAUCAUAAUUGUCCUUCUCAGAGAACCUUAAUAAUUACUCAUUCAAAUCAGGCUCUAAAUGAUCUGUUUGAGAAGAUAAUGCUGAGAGAUGUUCCUGCACGGUAUCUCCUUCGACUUGGUCAAGGAGAACAAGAGCUGGCAACUGAUCUUGAUUUCAGCCGUCAAGGACGUGUUAAUGCAAUGCUUGUUAGACGGUUAGAAUUGCUGAGUGAAGUCGAGAGGCUAGCAAGGUCUCUUCAACUUCCGGAGGAUGUGGGUUACACAUGUGAAACUGCUGGAUACUUUUGGUUGCUUCAUGUCUAUUCACGCUGGGAGCAAUUUCUUGCUGCUUGUGCUGAGAAUAAAGAUAAGCAAAGCUUUGUUAGAGAUCGUUUUCCCUUCAAGGAGUUCUUCUCUGAUGCUCCACAUCCAGUAUUUACUGGGGAAUCUUUUGAGAAAGAUAUGAGGGCUGCUAUGGGGUGCUUUCGUCAUCUCAAGACGAUGUUUCAAGAACUUGAAGAGUGUCGAGCAUUUGAAUUACUGAAGUCAACAGCUGAUAGAGCUAAUUACUUAAUGACCAAACAAGCUAAAAUUGUGGCCAUGACUUGUACUCAUGCAGCACUAAAGAGGAAGGAUUUCCUUCAGUUAGGUUUUAAGUAUGACAACUUGUUGAUGGAAGAAAGUGCCCAAAUUUUGGAAAUUGAGACUUUCAUUCCAAUGUUACUUCAGAGGCAGGAAGAUGGUCAUGCACGGCUUAAACGCUGCAUCUUAAUUGGUGAUCAUCACCAGUUGCCUCCUGUUGUGAAGAAUAUGGCCUUCCAAAAGUACAGCCACAUGGAUCAGAGUCUAUUUACUAGGUUUGUUCGUUUGGGUAUUCCUUACAUAGAGCUAAAUGCCCAGGGAAGAGCCAGGCCAAGUAUAGCUCAACUUUACAACUGGAGAUACAGAGAUUUGGGAGACCUUCCUUAUGUAAAGGAGGCAGACAUAUUCCAUAAGGCAAAUGCAGGAUUUGCUUAUGAUUAUCAGUUAGUGGAUGUUCCAGAUUACCUUGGUAAGGGUGAGACAACUCCAUCCCCUUGGUUUUACCAAAAUGAGGGAGAAGCAGAAUAUGUGGUCAGUGUCUAUAUAUACAUGCGUCUCUUAGGGUACCCUGCAAAUAAGAUAUCAAUUUUGACUACUUAUAAUGGCCAGAAACUUCUCAUCCGUGAUGUGAUAAAUAGAAGAUGCAUUCCAUAUGACUUCAUUGGUCCACCAAGCAAGGUUACCACAGUCGAUAAAUUUCAAGGUCAGCAAAAUGAUUUUAUAUUGCUAUCCCUUGUGCGAACUCGAUUCGUUGGUCAUCUUCGUGAUGUAAGAAGAUUGGUGGUUGCCAUGUCACGUGCUCGUCUUGGGUUAUAUGUGUUCUGCCGUCGUUCCCUUUUUGAGCAGUGUUAUGAGCUGCAGCCUACGUUUCAGCUGCUUCUCAAGAGACCAGACCACCUUGCCCUUAAUUUGAGUGAAAUUACAUCAUAUACCGAACGAAAUGUUGAAGAUCCCGGACCUAAACAUCAUAUUCAUCUUGUAAAUAGCAUUGAGGAGAUGGGUAGUAUCAUAGAAAGGCUUUAUCAGGAACGGUUGAGACAUCAGUUUGAGCAAAACAGGCCUUACUUUGGUCACAUAGAACCAACAGUAGGCACAAAUCAAGUGCAAAGCAGCCAGCAGACAUCUCACACUGAUAUGCAUGAACAGAAUGAAAGUGAGGUGGUCACGAUGGUUGAUGGGAAUGUGGCUGCAGAUAUGCAGCCUGAAAGCAAUAUGGAUGCACCUGAACCAUGCCAAAGUGAGGAAGAAACAAUGUUCGAUGGCCAUCUGGCCCAAGAAGUGCCACCUGAAAGCAACAUGAGCAUCCCUGAAUCUUGUAUCGUUGAGGAUGCUACAAUGGCUGAUGGUCAUGCGGCCCAAAACAUGUCACCCAAAAGCAACACGGAUGAUAUUACAAUGGUUGAUGGCAGUGCUAGUGUUCAAAAUGGGAGCUCAGCACCAUUGGAGCCAUAAAGAUCAGGAUCCAGGUUUUAGAGGUGCCACAAGGUAUUUGAAAGAGCACUAGACUUGGCAUCUUUUUCUGAUCAGUGCAAAUCCUUCGGUUGUGGGGAAUUCCUUUGCCGAGAUAAACCAUUACCAUUGAUAAGCUGUAUUAGAUUAUUAAAUAGCAAAUGAGGUUUUGGAUUCUGUAAUGAUAAACGUCAGCUGGGGGGUAUUUUGCAUUAGCAUGCUAGUCGUAUUGUUGUUCAUAGGAUGGUUUCUUGGUGUUUGCGUACGACGAGGAAGUAUUUAUUUCGUCAAAUUUUGACAGACAAUGAUGAAUCUUCAAUGUAGAUUAUUAACCUCUUUACAUUUAUCAGUGUAAGAUGUAUUAUUAUUU